AUUCCAUCUUGUGGCAUAGACAUCAAUCGUACAAUUGACUUGGUACAAUGAGGAUCAAGACAACCAUCUUCGCCUGGGCCAUCGUCCUGUUGGCCUGUCUGCUGAGGAGCAGUGAGGCAGUCACCUGUACCGCGGACCCCACAGUAGCUGGGUGCACUGACUGUUCCACCAGUCCCACCGAUGCCGAGUGCGUGGCAGAAGCAGCUGCUGGCGGCACAACCACUGUGGCUACCCCAGUUGCCACAACUGUCGCUCCUGGGGGCGCCACAACUGCUGCCACUGCCGGAGGUGCUGAGACCACCGCAGCUACCGGUGGCACCGCGACCGCUACCACAGAGAGCAGCAGCAGCAGCGCCACCACCAGCAGCAGCAGCACCAACAGCGCUGCCGCCGCCGCCCGGAGGAGGAGGAGGAUUGCUGCACGUCGUCGUCGUCGCCAGAGGGCAAGGAGGAGGAGGGCAGCCAGGAGGCGCGCAGCCAGGAGAAACAACAGGAGAGGUUAAGCGAGAGAUAUUUAUCUCCUUCUAAACUUCAGAUACCCUUGUCCCAGGAUACAGCUUGAAUAAACCGACACAUUGCAUACC